AUGGCUGACGCUACAGAAGAUAUUUUAAGAAGAUUUGAUUGUAAAGCAUCAUCACCAAUUAAGGUCCCAAAUAAUUUAAGUCAAAGUUAUCAAAUGGCGGAUGAUAGUCUGAUAGAUUUAAGAGAUUAUAUGGAUCGUCAAAAGCUGUCUAGAAACUAUUCUGACAGUGAAUAUACGCCAUCUCCCAUUAAAAGAGAAAAACCAGAAACCAAACAGUCGGCACAUUUAUCAACUACAACUAGAUUACCACCAAUACUGCCAAAGAAACUAUUUGCAUCACCAACCAAGAAUUAUAGUCAACAUGUGAUGCAAGAAAGAUCGGCUCCAAAUAGCCCUCAGAAGAAAUCAUUACCUAAUGAAAAUGAUGAUCUCAAGAACUUGCGAUUGGAAAUGAAAAGACUCAAACAGGAAUAUAAUGUGAAAAUUGAAAAUUUGAAUUAUAAAUUGAAUUUAAUAACUAAAGAACGAGAUGAAAUAAUGAAAGAAAAUAUUGAAUUAACCAGUGAUAAAAGUCGAUUGAAAACACAAAAUGAUUUAUUACUGGUUGAUAAUGAUAAUUUACUCAAGAGAAAGUUUGAAAGUGAAAAGCAAUUGAAAAACCUGGAGAUGAAGAUCUUGAGUUUGGAGGAUAAAGUUGAGAAAUUGGUUAGUUUGAAUAAAUCAGUUACUGUCAAGAAUAUGACUAUGAAACAAUCACUUGAGGGUAUUCAAGUCAAAUUAAAGAAAUAUUAUGAUUUAUACAAAGAAUGUCAAGAAAAACAUAAUAAUCCACAGGAUUCCCCACCUAAAGUUAAAAUUGCUACUCCUGAUCCAGAAGUAGAAACUCAAAAUAAAGCUUUGCAACCACAACUUCAAAUUCAAGAGUUGGUUCAAGCGUUAAAGAACUUGACGAUAGCCAUCGAACUGAAAAACGAUAUCCCAAGUAGCGAGUUGCACUAUCUUGUAAAGAUUCUUAAGGAGCUAAUUGCUAAGGACAUUUUUAGACCAAGUUCGCCAAAUCAUCAAACUCAGCCAGUUUUUCAGUCCACUCCACAAUCUAAAGUCGAAUCAGUCAAUCUAGAGAAUGUACCACCAGAAUCACAACCAUCACAUGUAUCCAGUAAUCUGCAGCAAAAUUUAAGCGAUAAAUCUAGAACUUCCAUUCCAAGCCGUGAUAAUCCUUCCCCGAAUGUAUUACGUGCGGAAGAGCCUCAAGAUUUUCAUAAUGCUAAUCCAAUCCAAUCGCAGCCUAAGGAAUGGACCCGUGAACGAGAAGAACGAGACGGAUCUACAGGUUAUUCUAUUCGAUCUGAUAUGGCGGAAAUCAAGGAGUUUCUUAAAUUUUUAGUUGAUGGAGUGAAGAAUGAUCAAAAAGACACGAAUCUGCCAGAAGAAUCAAAUACCGAUGGUAAAGAGGAGGAAGAAAAAGUACACAUUGAAGAUAAAUCAUGUCAUUGUAAGCCAGUUUCUAACCAUGCUGCUUUCUGUCCGGUUUGUUUAAAUAGGGAAGAUUUCACAGUUUCGCAUUUCCUUAGUCAAUAA